AUCACGAGAGGCUGUAUGGCUGAUAUAAAAGGACCUUCAAGCCGAAGAAGAGUGUUAAACCAGUUGAGAGCGGUGCGGUACGACAUGCUCGUCUCAUUAAUUCCGUUCUUCUUAGUGGCCCAAGUGGCGGUGGACGAGAGCGUGUGGAAGCACGGGCCGGAAUACGUUUUCGACGUCGAGAUGAACAUCACCUCGACCCCCAUGAACCACGACGGGGUGCAAAGGUUCAACUACACGGCCAUGAACCUGUUCUGCAGGCCGAAAGGGCCGGACGGGUUGAGCUGCCACCUGGCGAACACGAGAAGGCAUAGCGUGGAUCUGACGAACGACAACAGGAUGGACGUGUCGGAGGAGGAAAUGAGACAGUUGAUCAGCAGCGAGCCGUUCGAGAUAAAGUUCAACGAGCACGGCGUCGAUUAUCUGAUAGUGAACGAUCGAAUCCAGGUCGAGUUUCUCAACGACGUGAAACUGAUAUCGGAGAGGUUCAACAUAGGUGUCGAUCUGAACGGUGUCCCGGACGGGACGUUCGACAUUUUGGAGAACACAACCAUCGGCCAGUGCGCUGUAACGGUGGGCGUGAAUCAUUAUCCGUCCAAGAGGAUGAUGAACAAGAUAAAGAACAACAGAUACGAGUUGGAAUCGUUGCCGCAGUUGAACAAGGUCCCGAGCGAGACUAUAGUGAUCCAGAAGACGACCAAUUUGAACAAUUGCAGCUACUACGCGUCAUUCUAUUUCGGAUCUUACGGCGCCAAAAUCGUCGUCGAGCCUGAUCUUCAUUCUCAUCUAGAGACUUCGACUAGUCGCAUCUUCGUGAGCGACUAUCAAUUCGUUUCAUCGAUAACGAGGAUGGGCACUCUGGGUUCCGACGAAAAGAAGAACCUCUCCGCCAUAUCUCAAUAUGUGAAUCUAUCCUUACGGGACAUACGAGCCGCAAAGAGAGAAUUGGCCGACAUCCCUGAACCAUCGAUAACCACCAUCAUGGCCAACUCGGAGGUGAACAGAAUAUUUCCAAUGAAGUGAAUCGUGCUACGAAAAGAAGAGAAGUAUAUAUAAAAUAAUAAUCCUCGAGCGUUGAAUUCUAGGUUAAAAAAAUAGCAGUGGUAUUAAUGUACAAAUAUCGCAAAUAUCUUAUAUCGAAUGUACAAACAAUAAUAAACAGAUGAAAAAUGAUACGAUAUUUAAAAAA